UUAGUUACAAAACAACAGUAUAUAGAAGGAACUAACGCAGAGCCUUCAGUUAGGUUCUUGACUACAUUUUGGUGAAGUCUCAAGCCAACACACACUAGUUAUGUCGUCCACGGCCAACUCUAACCCUCCUCCCAGGACCCGUCCGUUGAAGACAGCUCUGCACCAAGCCGUUCUCGAUGGUCGCCUUCACCAGGUUCGCCUACUCGUCGCAAAACACAACAGUAGCGUGGACUCCAGAGAUGUCAAUGGCAGGACUCCUCUCAUGUUGGCUUGUAUCCUAGAUUCAGAAGACUAUGGUUGCAAAAUGGCGAAGAUAUUCAUACAGGCAGGUACGUACUUAAAUAUCCGGGAUAAUAUGGGCCGAACGGCUUUGAGUUAUGCCUGUAUGAAUGGUCGGGAAGGAAUCGUGAAGAUGAUCCUACGAGAGGACGUGUUGGAUCUUAACGAUGCGGACAACGACGGGUACUCUCCACUCCACCAUGCCACUGUUAGCGGCAAUCCCAGAGUGGUGGAGAUGCUAACUGACGUCAUCGUUAAGUUCGGCUUGAACGUUGACGUAAGAAACUGUUUGGGUUACACGGCGUUGUUGUUGGCAUGUAAGCUUGGCCACUACGCCUCGGCAUACAUCUUAUACACCAAAGGGCACGCAUCUGCCGCCCUAAGAGACAAUGAAUUCUUCCUGACAUCUCCUGAGUGGGCGCGACGUGGACAAGACAUCAACCUUAAUCUCGGAGUUGUUCAGAAAAAAGUGUCUGCUGAACCGGUGUUUUUCUCCAUUUCACGGGAGAAGACAAUGUAUCACAGAGCAUUCACCCCAGUAUGUCGACAUACUCGUGCCAAGCCAGAUCCAUUAACCAGUUCUUGUGGAAGUUUUUUGCAGUACCCACUGGUAUUCAAGAGCCAUCCUACCGACCAAGUACGUUGCGCCGAAAGUCAAAUAGGUGGAAAGAAUGCUAGACAGCUACUCUUGCAGACGAUGGAGGAACUUCCGGUGAAGCGGCCGUUUUCAACCCGGAAGCAGUUCAACAGAAUAAAUCCUCCCUCUAGCGCCAAACUAAGAGAGAUCACCCAUAUCUCCAGUGCAGGAUCUAGCUCUGGCCUUAAGGGUAUAUUUAAAAUCUACUCAGAUCAGUACGGCUAUAACAUGCAACUUCGUGCUUUGCUCAAGGAACAUUUUGAGUCCACCAAGUCUAGAGAUGAUACACUCUCUGAAGAUGACCCUUCCCUUACAGACGCGAAGUUUGAGCUGCCCGCUAUAGUGGUGAAUACUUAA